AUGGGUCAGACACUCUCGGAGCCCGUCACGGAGAAGACCACGUCUUCGGGCGGCAAUGACUCGGUUCUUUACGCAAUCUCCGAGAUGCAAGGAUGGCGCAUCAGCAUGGAGGACGCCCAUACCACCAUCCUCGACAUCAAAAAUGGCUCGGGUGGUAUUGUUGGCAACUUCUUUGGUGUCUUUGACGGCCACGGAGGCUCUUCCGUUGCACAGUAUACCGGCCGCAGCUUGCACAGCGUUCUCACCGGAGAGGAAAGCUUCAAACAGGGCAAGUACACGGAUGCACUUGAAAAGGCCUUCAUUAACGUCGACGAGGAUCUCAAGAAAGAUCCUAACUACACAAACGAUCCCUCGGGCUGCACUGCCGUAACCGCUUUCAUCAAGACCACCGCAAACGACCCGAAACGGGUCGAAAAAGUCUUUGUAGCCAACGCAGGUGAUUCCCGAUGUGUCCUCUCUCGGGGUGGAGCGGUCAUGGAGAUGAGCACCGAUCACAAGCCUACACUCGACUCGGAGCGCCAACGUAUCGAAAAUGCAGGAGGCUACGUCAGCUGGGGUCGUGUCAACGGUAACCUUGCCCUUAGUCGAGCUAUUGGCGAUUUCGAGUUCAAGAGGUCUUUCGAGCUGCCAGUGGAGCAGCAGAUCGUCACCGCCUUCCCCGAAGUCCUCGAGAAGGACAUCGUCGAAUCCGAAGACGAGUUUCUCGUGCUCGCUUGCGACGGCAUCUGGGAUUGCCUCAGCAGUCAGGAUGUGGUCGACAUCGUGCGCCGAUCCGUGGCCAACGGCAAGGAGCUCACAGAGAUCUGCGAGGACCUCAUGGACCGCUGCCUCGCGCCAGACUCGGACACCGGCGGCAUUGGUUGCGAUAAUAUGACCGUUUGCGUCGUUGCGCUGCUCAACGGCCGAAGCAAGGAGGAGUGGUACUCGUGGAUCCAGAAGAACAUCGAAGUUCCCAAGUUCAACCGCACUACUCCUCAAGAUGUGGCUCCCAUUUUCAAGAGCACGCAGCCCUCUUCGCGUGGCCAGGACAGCGGCCAGGACGGCACCGUGAGCAUCCAGUCGCUCCUUGCAGGUGGGUCGGCGCGCGGCGAGGACGGCGACGACGAGGCAGGAGGCUCGCUUCGAUUGCCAGGUGGUCUGGCGGGUGCGCUGAGCGGCGCUGGUAUCGUGUUCCGACCUGGUGGACGCUCUGAGGGCGGUGAAGUGGUGUACGAGGCGCAUGUCGUUGACGAGGAUGACAGUGGCGAUUCCGACCAGAGCAGCGGCGAGUCUGGCACCAAAGCAUCCACCGCCACCUCGACCGAAACAAAGGACGCCGAGCCAAGGCUGGUGGAGUCGCCUCACGCGGACGCCAAGCCGGCCAGCUCCAGACAAGAGGCGGACAAGAUGGAGGUGGAUGACGAGACCGGCGCGUCUGGCAAGACACAAACGAGCAUUUGA